AAAUCCGGUUCCGGUCCGACAAAAUUAUCAGUCCGCCCUGCUCGUAAUGCUUACAGCCCGUUCCGCGAUGGUCAACGAGGAGCUUCUGAGCAGAUAAGCGACAUUUUAAAUGACUGAAUAUGAUUAAUGAACAUAAGUUAUAUUAUCAGAUCUCUAUAAACCAGAAAAAACCUACACUAUCGGUUUCGGGGGCACUACAUUUGAAUUCGUGUCACCUUGAAGGCUGCACUUUGCUCUCGUGGCUAACGCAAAGCUCACCAACCGACCAAAAAAAAAAGUGUAUACCGCCAGGUAGGAGAUAGGUUAAGUUAGUAGGUAACCUUCACCUAUGUACCGCUAUCGUUCCGUAGCGGUAUUCUGUUUUCCCGUCGGCUGUUUAACAUGGGAGUAGUUCUGAGGAACCUCCAGAAGGUGGUGCCUCUUCGCCGCGCCAGGCUGCGCAGGGACGUGGACACGCUGAGGCACAUCCUGGGCAUCCAGAAGUUCGACCUGGGCAUCAUCUGCGUGGACAACCGCAGGAUGCAGCAGAUUAAUCACAUUUACAGGAAGAAGAACAGCCCAACGGAUGUCCUCUCAUUCCCAUUCUAUGAGGACCUGAGGCCCGGGAAGCUGCCCUGCCCCCUUCACAGAGAUGAGCUGAACCUUGGGGACAUCUUCCUCGGAGUGGAAUUUGUGAUGAAGCAGUGUCAGGAGGAGUCCCUGGAUCUGCACAGAGCUCUGACUGUGGUCACAGCACAUGGGAUCUGCCACCUUUUGGGCUACAGACACGAGACGGAGGAAGAAUGGACUGAGAUGCAGCAGAGGGAAAACUACAUCCUGAGUGAGUACAGCAGACUCACAGGCCAACACCUGGAGCCCCUGAUGAAGAGGUGCAGUCAGGACAGGUGACCCCCGACUGCUACCUGCAGGCCUUUGAGGUUAAAUAUUGCACUAUGUGAUGCUGGAAACUGCUUUACACUGUUGUGGUUCACAUAUUUAAUUGAAGACACCCGCUGCUGUAUUCUGAAGCCUGUACUGUAAUGACUUGUGACUAAGUAAUCAGCAGUUUGACCUCCUCAAACGUUCCACACACCAAAUAAAGACA